AUGGAUCCUGGGGGUGUCCAGUCUGGAGACCUCUCGCUCUUUAUAAUAGGAAAACGUGUCUCCUUUCCCGGCAUAAGAGGGGAUAUCACGUUGGUCGUGUGCGGGUAUCAAUACUUUGUUGAUUCCAAGGAACUGGUCGAUUUUGUCCCGCAGAUGUUUUCGCAGCCCCCGGGUCGUGGUCGUCAAUACGAUGGUACACAUUAUAUGGGGAUAUUGAAUUACAGUGGUAUCUGGAAAUUUGAGGAAUCAGCCGAAGAGACGCCUUCCUCGCAAAACCUGGACGAAGCAGCCGAGGCCAAAUAUUUCAAGACAUUCAAUGGGUUCUUCUCCGUGGUAUAUGAUCGGCCUUGGGAUUUUCAGAGCCUGGCCCAACUGCGUGACGUUUAUCGUCUCUUUCGCAACUGCGACUCACUGGGCCGGUUCUCAGAGUACUUGAGCUCCAAGUUCGUCGCCAAAAACCAGGGUCUACUUGGUACCCUUUGCGAAGACAUUAUUGACAACAUCAAAAUGGCCGAGGACACACGCAGCCUAUGUUUAUAUGACGAAUGUUUUACCUCGUUAGCGGGACAACUCUUCAAGCGUAAGCACCUAUAUCAGCUGGAUGCCGUCAUGAGCGCCUUUCAGCUGUCGGAUGCGUGCAAGGAAAUAGAGAAGAGGUAUCAGAGCAUCCGUAGCUGGAAAGACCGGCUAUCCGCACUGGUCAAUUCGCUACUGUGCGACGAGAGCGUUCCAACCCCCGUCUUAGAGUUAUUCAUCAAAAUUGUUGAUUUUGACACCAUAAUAGACGUGGCUAAGCAUGAGGGCCCGAGUUACUGCCGGGUGCUCAGAACACUCGUUGUGGAUAUGGAAGAAAGCCUGGCGAAAGAUGGCAUAGUAGAUCACGAGAAGAUGGCUCCCGUGCGCGGGGAGUUGAUCGCUUGCAAAGACGAUAUCGAAACAUUGCUCGAGAAUAAGUCUUCGUAUCAUGCUGAGUCCCUCGACUUCUUUACUUGCAUGUCGCCUCAGAGAUAUCCGUGGCGUAUUGAUGAUUGA